AUGAAGUCAAAAGAACAACAGAAUCCGGCCUCUGCCAGUGCGUCGCACACAGAGAGCAUCCCCGUUCCCGAAAUGACCGGCACGCACGACGAGACAACCGGCGAAAACUUAAACCAAAAGAGAUAUAUUGUUGGAGGGAAAUACAGGGAACAGCUCUAUGAUCAACAGUCUCCUGAUUUCGACAACCGACUGUUGCAAGAGGUUGACUUUGAUCUGCCUCUUACUCUUACAAACCCACAAGAUGGAAAUCUCGUCCUGGAAUUUGUGGAGGGCGAUGUUGAGAAUCCUUUCAAUUGGAGUACGAAACGCAAAGCUUUCAUAAGUCUCUUCCUUUGUACUAUGACAAUUUCUAUCGGACUCUCGACAACUGCAUACAGCUCAGGUAUUUCAGACAUGGUUGAGGAUCUGGGGACUAAUACUGAAGUUGGAGAGUUGGGCCUUUUUACAUUCAAUUUCACUUGUGCUCUGGCUCCUCUGUUUCUGGCCCCUUUCUGCGAGCUGGCUGGACGUCGAGUCAUUUACCUUGGGUCUUACAUUUGCUUUGCUCUGAUGUUCAUCGGUCUUUCACUCGGUAAAAACAUCGCUACGAUCAUUGUCUGCCGUGCCCUUCUCGGUCUGUUUGGCUGUGUUGGCACCAUCCUCGUUGGCGGUACUUUCGGAGACAUGUAUACUCCUGCUCACAGGGCCAUCCCAAUGGCGUCAUUUUCGUUCGUCGCCAUUUUUGGUACCGUUGCCGCUCCCAUCUACGCUGGUUUCAUUGAUCAAGCACUGGGAUGGAGGUGGGUUGAAGGCAUUCAGGGUCUCGCAAAUGUCCCGCUUGUCAUUUUGAUAGCUGUCUUCCUAUGCGAGACUCGCGGCGGUGUUACUCUGACCAAGAGGGCCAAGAUGCUCCGCAAAAAUACUGGCGAUGAGCGUUUCGUCACUCACAACGACCUUGAAGCCCCUGGCAUCAAGAAAAUGCUCCAUAACUCCUCUGUCAAAUCUAUCCGUAUGCUUUUCACCGAGCCUGUUGUGUUCGCCUUCGGUUUGUGGAUCAGCUUUGCCUGGUUUUUGACCUUUUUAUUCUUAAGUGUUAUCCCUAUAACAUUCUCCGAUAAGCGCGGAUGGGGUGAGGGUGUGGCUGGCCUUCCUUAUAUUGCUCUCUGCGUCGGUAUUACCGUUGGUUUUGGUUUGAACUUCCUCCAGAUUAACAAGUACAAGUCCCUUGUUGAAGAUCCAGCCAUCAAGGUUAGCCCCGAGGCUCGUCUGUAUGGAGCCAUGUAUGGAGCUGUCUGGCUACCUGUUGGACUUUUCAUCUACAGUUUCACUCAGUACGCAGAGCUUACCUGGGUCGGCCCUGUCAUCGGUUUGGCGCUCAUCGGUAUUGGAAUUUUCUUCAUCUUUGAAUCCACAUAUUCCUAUACGUCGGAUUGCUACGGUGAAAAUUCUUCUUCAGCCAUCGCUGGUCAAGGCUUCAUGAGAAACACCCUUGGAGCAGUGUCCCCGCUGUUUGCCACCCAAUUCUUCGAGAACCUGGGCAGCCAGUAUGCUGGUCUUCUGCUGGCUCUCGUUGCUACUGCUUUGACCUUCAUUCCUUUCAUACUAUAUAAGUAUGGACCUGCUCUGCGCGCUCGUUCCAAGCUAGCGAGCUCCACUGUCGCCGCAAACGUUCUCUAG